AAAGGUCUCCAGAGGGCGCAGAGAUUGCGCAGACGGUGGACGAGCACUACCCGGCCGGUGGACGUCUCCACACAAUCUUGUCUUGCAUCCAGGAGGCUGCAUCUUAGCUGGGCUACUAGCACAACUUAUAUCACCACCAAUAUGUUUAUUGGCGUAACAUCUGUUGGAGACAACGUGAAUUCACACUACGAUUAUUUGAUUUGAACUACAUUUGAGAACCUAAAAUAUUUCAUAAAUAAGAUAAAAUGGCUCUGGACUUCAUAGCGGGAUGUAUUGGAGGUUGUGCUGGAAUUAUAGCUGGUCAUCCAUUAGACACUUUGAAAGUUCACGUUCAAUCAGGCAGAGGUAGUGCAUUGGAAUGUACUAAAGCUCUAUUAAAAGGAGGAACAUUGUCAACUGCAUAUCGAGGAAUAGGUGCACCCUUAGGAGGAAUAGCAGCAAUAAAUGCAAUUGUUUUUGGAGCGUACGGAAAUACGAGAAGAGCACUUCCUAACCCAGAUUCGCUAACCAACCAUGCCGUUGCUGGUGGGGCAGCAGGCAUGCUUCAGAGUUUUGCGUGCGCACCUGUGGAACUCGUCAAAACUAGGCAACAACUCGCCAAGCCGGGAGAAUCAAUGCCUUCUGGAGCGUGGGCGGGAGCUCGACAUAUUUUACGAAAUGGUGGAUAUCGAGCUCUGUUUCGUGGUUUGGGGAUCACAAUCAUUCGCGACACUCCAUCAUUUGCUGUAUAUUUUGCAUCGUACGCAGCAUUGACGCGAGGAGAUCAAUCUGUUUUAAAAGUGUUUAUAGCCGGUGGUGCUGCUGGAACAAUGUCUUGGAUCCUGUUCUACCCUGUAGAUGUCGUUAAAUCAAGAAUUCAGGGUGAUACAAUAGGCCGGUACACAGGUGCAUGGGAUUGUUUUGUGAAGUCAGUACGAAAGGAUGGAUGGCGUUGCAUGAGUAGGGGCAUAGGUGCAGUGACUUUACGUGCGUUUAUCAGUAACGGGGCAUGUUUUACGGCCGUGGCGUGGACGGAGCGAGCUUGGCAACGCAUUCUAUUAUCAGACACUGUAACAUCUCCAUUAGUUCAGGCAGCAACGAUAAGUGAGACUGUGCGAUGUGAUAAUUCUGAAUAUAACUACGAUAUGUAAACCAUUCUUGAAAGAUUGAUUUUAAAUAUAAUUUAAUAUAGGUAAACUUAUAAUAUAAAUACACAUUACAUUGCUAAAUGUCAUAGUGAUGGCAAUGAGACAGUUGAUGCUUUAUACAUUUUUUUAUUAAUAAAUCGAAAAAUAAAUUGGA